AUCUAAACACACACGCGCGCGUAUAUAGAAAAAGAUGGAAUUUUUGACCUGGGUUUUGCCUUCCUUACUCCUGCUCUGCACCCAACAGCACACCUGCACCAGAGCUAUGAAUGACAUUGGAGAUUACAUCGGGUCAAACAUAGAAAUAUCUUGGUUGCCGAAUUUGGACGACCUGAUGAAAGGGUACGCAAGAAAUUUCAGGCCUGGAAUUGGAGGCCCCCCUGUUAACGUUGCUCUAGCCAUUGAAGUGGCCAGCAUUGACCACAUAUCAGAAGUCAAUAUGGAAUACACAAUGACAGUCUUCCUGCAUCAAAGCUGGCGUGAUGACCGGCUGUCGUACAAUCACACCAACGAAACCCUGGGCUUGGACAGUCGCUUUGUGGAUAAGCUGUGGCUGCCGGAUACCUUCAUCGUCAAUGCCAAGUCCGCCUGGUUCCAUGACGUCACAGUGGAGAACAAGCUCAUCCGGUUGCAGCCUGAUGGGGUCAUUCUGUACAGCAUCAGAAUCACCUCAACAGUGGCCUGUGACAUGGACCUUACCAAAUACCCUAUGGAUGAGCAGGAGUGCAUGUUUGAUUUGGAGAGCUAUGGCUACUCCUCAGAGGAUAUCGUCUACCACUGGUCUGAAAACCAGGAUCAGAUCCAUGGACUGGAUAAGCUGCAGCUUGCUCAGUUCACCAUUACCAAUUACCGGUUUGCUACAGAAGUGAUGAACUUCAAAUCUGUUGGUCAAUUCCCCCGGCUGAGCCUCCACUUCCACUUGAGGAGGAAUCGAGGUGUUUACAUCAUCCAGUCCUAUGUGCCUUCCAUCCUCUUGGUCGCCAUGUCAUGGGUUUCUUUCUGGAUCAGUCAGUCAGCCGUGCCUGCUCGAGUCUCGCUAGGUAUAACUACAGUCCUCACCAUGACCACCCUGAUGGUGAGUGCUCGGUCUUCACUCCCACGGGCUUCAGCCAUCAAGGCCUUGGAUGUGUACUUCUGGAUCUGUUACGUGUUCGUCUUUGCCGCACUGGUGGAAUAUGCAUUUGCUCACUUCAAUGCAGACUACAUGAAGAAGCAAAAAGACAAGAUCAAGACCAGCAGGCAGGCAGAAGAGGUCAAUGUGAAGAACGCCAUUGUUAUGUUUUCCCUCUCGAUAGCAGGCGUCAACCAGGAACUUGCUGUUUCCAACAGGCAACACAGAGCCCCUAAAAACCUGCCUGGGUCAGUGGAAUUGGAAGUGGGAGAGACCAAGAAGCAACAGGAGACUAAACCCGAGAAGAAAAACGGCCUGAAGUCUCUCUUCAAGCCCAUUGAUGCAGAUACCAUCGACAUAUAUGCUAGGGCAGUUUUCCCAGCAGCCUUUGCAGCAGUCAAUGUCAUCUACUGGGUGGCUUACACAAUGUGAGGGUCACAAAAUGGAGGCAGGCUGGGCAACAGGCAACUGAGAUCCUCUGAGCCAAAGCAGAGCUUCUUAAUGGAAGGGCCUUACUCAG